UUAAAAGGGUGUGUCGAUGGCCACCAUCAUUCAACCUCAAUGAAAACAUAUCAUCUCUAGCUCUAAGGCUAGUAACGCUUCUCCCUUACCAAAUCACCUGACACCACAGCAGCUUACUUCGACAGGUACAUGAACUGGGAUGUCUGCAGCCGACUGGUACGCUCACAAAUCGCUCGGAGACGGACUUUUCUGGAUCCAGGAGCGAUUUUACCAGUCAGAGAACCGGGCUAACAUCUGGCUGCUCCGCGGAACGCACCAGGACGUAGUGAUAGACACUGGUCUGGGCUUGAGGAGCUUACCUGACUACAUCGACGCCAAGGGGCUGCUCGGCAAAGAUCCGCAGAGGAAGAACCCACUGCUGGCCAUCGCCACCCACGCUCACUUCGACCACUCGGGUGGUCUGCAUCAGUUCCAACAAGUGGGCGUCCACACCGCCGAGGUCGAUGCCCUGGCCUACGGAGACAACUUCGAGACGGUCACCUGGCUCAGUGACAGGGAGAUAUCUGAGGCUCCUACUCCCGGAUGGAGAGCGAGACGCUACAAAGUCAAAGCUGUGCAGCCCACACACAUACUGCAGGAGGGUGAUGUCAUCAACCUCGGUGACAGACAGCUGACGGUGCUUCACAUGCCCGGUCACUCUCGGGGCAGCAUUUGCCUCCAUGACCGUGACAAUAAGUUGCUUUUCAGUGGAGAUGUAGUGUAUGAUGGUGCCAUGAUUGACUGGCUGCCCUACAGCCGCGUGAGUGACUACGUCAGCAGUUGUGAGCGUUUGGUUGGGCUGGUGGACAGCGAACAGGUUGACCAAGUUCUUCCAGGACACUACAAUACCUUUGGCGCGAAGCGGCUCCAUCGGCUUGCAUCCACCUAUAUCAGCAGAGCUGGAACCUGCCCUGCCAAGUUCUCCACAUUUGCCUGGAGAACGCUGGCUGGUGUGGCAUUGCGGGCGUGCAACCCGCGGAGUGCCUGUUAACGAGACACGAUCAUGGAGGUAGCACAAGUACACAAGGAUACAGCUGUUUAAAUGUGGAUAACAUGAAAGAGGGUGACUAAUUUACCUGCAACUUAAUGUAACACUGUUCAUCUACUUAUGUAAUCCAACACAGAUUAUAUCAUUGCCAAACUGUGUGGAAAAAUACCCCUUUUCAUUUACAUAAUCACCAUCAUAAGACAUAAAAUAUGAAGUAUUUAUUAGUGUGAUUCUCUAUAUACCGAUGUAUAUGUUGGUCUGAAUAUUAUUAGAUGUAUGGUUUUUAUACUUUAGGCAGAGGUGAAGUUAUAAUAGCACAACAAUGGUACAGCUUUGCACUACAUACAGAAAGCAGGGAGCUUUGGGUUCUCCUAUGAGGCAUUUCAAACACAGUCAAUACGGCCAUAGUAUUUCUCUAUGCAUAUUACAAUGCUCAGUGAAGACCCAGUGUUGACUACCUCCUAUGUUUAAGAGUGCUUUGUACUAUUGACUAUUCUACAGCUUUGCAAUUGAAACACAAUAAAACCUUUGAUCUAC